CUGUACUUUUUUCUCAUCUUGAGUUUUCGUAUUUGUCAUGUUUCCUCUACAUAUCAUUUAGUGCCUGUUAUCAAAUCUACAUGGGGAUCAUCGUUACCUCAUAUUGUAUACUUCAGUGAUAGAGCAGAUGAUGAUAUACCUACAGUCGACUCUGGAGUACCCAAUAAGGAGAGAGGGCACUGUGCAAAGACCUUCGCCAUUCUUCAACAUUUUUCGAAGAUUGUGGGAGUGACUCCGCCUCAAUCGGAUUUUUUCUCUUGGCUUCUUAUCGUGGAUGACGAUACAUUGGUGCAUUUAUAUACCCAAAUUUUACAAAUAUUUGAAGUGUUCGUUGACAUCAAUGAUAUCCAUUUUCAGAUCAUAAUAGGGGAACGUUAUGGUUACGGAUUCUCGACUUCAGGUUCCUCUGGUUAUGAUUAUCCUACAGGUGGAUCAGGGUACAUGGUGUUUUCUGUUUCCGCUGUGCGAACAAUUGUCUCGGAAUGUGAGUGUCCUACUGAAGAUUCUCCAGAUGAUAUGAUUAUUGGUGUGUGUGCUCGAAGGACUGGCAUAGUGGUUGUUCACAGUGCUGCUUUCCAUCAAGCUCGGCAUAUUGAUUACCCGGAGGCAAGGCUUCUACCCAUCUCUUUCCAUAAAUUCGAAGAUAUCGAUCCUCUUGGUGUCUAUAUGACUUAUCUACAUGAGCAUCCUACUACUCAUAAUGAAGAGAAGAGUGAACUUUGA